UAAGUACUGUGGUUGUGGUGGUACUGUUUUGACAGUUACGGUGUGGAAAGUGUUUACUUUCAAUCGCAUCCAUUACCAAUGGAUAUCGAUAGACACCGUGGUGGGCUGCAGCCCUUGGAACGUUCUAGCCUUGCAGUUUCUUUCAAUAAACCCGGAGGAAGACUGGACAUGAAUCACGGUUUUGUACACCAUAUUCGCAAGAACCAACAGGCGAGGGAUGAUUAUGAUAAGGAAGUGAAGGAAGCAAAGGAGAAACAGAAACGGAGGCAUACUCCAGCUCCACCUCGUCCUCGGAAACCUGACAUACAGGUCUACCACCCAAGAAAGAGAGGUGAUACAGAUACUAAAGUGUGUGAUUAUGAGGAAUCCACAGGAAGUAGCUCCAGCACAGAAGCUGACCUGCUUGGUUGCAAGCUGUUCUGCCUUGAGUAUAAAGCAGAUAGUGGGAAGAUCACAUCUGUAAUUGUAUACAAUAAUGAUGAUCCAGAUCAAGUGGUGGAAAGGGUGUCUCUGCACAACAACCUCGAUAAACGCAUGAAAGUAGCAUUGAGACUGUUAAUGCAGGAAGAAAUCAGCAAGAGAAGGUCUAAGCGCUGAGUGACCUGGUUAACUUAUCCUGAGUUACGAGAGUUCCGCGUUUUGUACCGUUGGAAAUCUUGCCCACUUUGGAUCGGCGAGUUGGGCUUAUAUGCCUGAGACAAUGUGAAGGCUUUACAGCACUCUGUAUCUUCCUUUUUCUUUAAAGCAGUAAAGGGGAGAAGAGGUGGCAUGAAGCAGUAUAGUGAACUGCUGCUCCUGUUAUACAAGGAUUGUCUCUGUACAUAGAGAUUGUUGACAUUUUCAUAACUGUAACAGAACAGUUUUGAGCUUCAUGAUUAGUCCGUCUUGGUGGACAAGGGUAUAGAAGCCUGGGGGUGGGUGAUUCAUUGAUUUAAAAAAACAUAAUAGUACCAUCUGCUGCCUUUGUUACUCUUUAACAACUGUUGUGGAGAUUUAAAAGAGCAGGAGUCUCGCUGUCUUAACCUUGCACAAGUCUUUAUUCUACUCAUAUGGCCUGUCAGGACAGAGUGGGGAUUUUAUUGCAGACUACCUGCAGAGAUGGCACAUGCCUGUGGCUCACUGAGCAAGUUAUUAGGCUCAUUAAUUAGAUAUACCAUUAUGGCAUCAGUGUAAAAAUGUCAUUAUACUGUUGUGACUGAUCAGUAUUUUUAUUUGGUAUGUCUUUAAUAAUGCAGAGUUGGGGGAGGCAGUAGUUUAAAAUGAGGCAUGUUAAAGUCUGGUAAAGAAGGGAGUCAAAAAUUGAUGUUAUUGAAUGGACUGGUUGAAUGGGUAUUGAGUGCCAAGAGAGACCAUAGCAUUGAUAUCCCUCCACCCUGAUGGAAGUGUUUGAUAACCCUCCACACCCCACCGAGACCCAUCUUAAAGGACAGCAAGUUAAGCAUUUUACACUCAUUGAGUGAGGUGGACUGCUUUUGUGGUGAAAUGGUUACAGCUUGAAUGGCUGAGUCCAAGUUUUGUCAUUUCUAAUCCUUUUGCCUCUUCAGAAGUCUGAAGUUAACCUCUUGUAUUAUUAAAAAGUGGUACUGAUCUAUAUAAUUGCACGAAAAUAAGCACGUUGGAACCACCCCAAGCUUUUCUGCUACCCGAGACUUUUUUUUUUCUAAACGCCAGCAUUAUUUUUGUACAGACCCCUGAAGAAUGCUGCUACAUGAAUGAUAAUGGGGCCAUUUUGGGCAGAUUUAGAAGAAGGAAAAACAAAUAUAAAAACUGUCAAGUGGUUGUGCUUCUUGAAAUUUUGUUGGCAAAAGAAAAGGGUGGCUUCAGAAACAAAAUAUCUUUGAAAAUAGUUGUCUUUUUUGUGUUGGAAGCUAUCAGCAGAAACACACAAAGUAGAACUGUAAAAAGGAGAAAAACACACGAGUACUAAAAUGUAAUUGAAUUGCUGUCAGCAUUUGUUACAGUAUUAACAGUGGCAAUUUUAAAUAAAGCCAGAAAAAACUGUACAUAAAAGGCAUUG